UGCCAGUGGUAUAGAUGGGGUAAGGCCUUGUUGCUCUUUCUCUCCUUCUGCCAGGACCCUGGUAACAAGCAGGCAGGGUACAACAUGCACCAGCUGCAGGAUAACGAGCAGUACAGCACUGAGAAGUCAGGGACCCUCUUCAAGAAAAGCAAUGGGUUGAGAAAAGUCUGGCAGAAGAGGAAAUGCACCAUCAGCAAUGGCUACCUGACCAUCUCUCACAGCACGCUCAACCGCCCGCCAGCAAAGCUGAAUUUACUGACCUGCCAGGUGAAGCCCAACACAGAUGACAAGAAAUGCUUCGAUCUGGUUUCCCACAACCGCACGUACCGCUUCCUGGCAGAGGACGAGCAGGACUGUGUCGUCUGGGUGUCCGUCCUCAGCAACAGCAAGGGGGAGGCACUGAAUGUGGCCUUCAGCAAGGUGCAGGGUGGAGGGGAGUGCAGCCAGGAGGAGCUGACCCAGGCCAUCAUCCAGGAGGUCACGGGCAUGCCCGGGAACCGGGAGUGCUGCGACUGCUCGGCCCCAGAUCCCUCUUGGCUCUUCAUUAACCUGGGCAUCCUGAUCUGCGUCAAGUGCUCUGGGAUUCACAGAGAGAUAGGUGCACAUCUCCCCCGCAUCCAGUCGCUGUCUCUGGAUGAGCUGGCAACCUCCGAAUUGCUGGUGGUGAGGAAUAUUGGCAACUCUGGCUUCAAUGGCAUCAUGGAAGUGAAUCUCCCCAGCCUUUCCCUGAAGCCCACAGAGCACAGUGACAAGGCCUUGCGGAAAAAUUUUAUCAUUUCCAAGUACGUUGAGAAGAAAUAUGCCAAGAGGAGCCCUGCUGCCCAGUGCUCCAUCCUCCCAGAAGCCAUCAAGGACAAGGACAUAUUUUCUUUGCUCCAAGCGUAUGCGCACAAUGUGGAUUUGAGCGAGCCUGUGCUGGCACCUCUGCAGGAACCUGGGGAGACCAUUCUCCACCUGGCUGUGCUGUUGUCUGAUCGAACCUCUUUACACAUCGUUGAUUUUCUUGUCCAGAACAGCGGGAGCCUGGCGAAGCAGACGGUGGAGGGGAACACACCGCUUCACUACAGCUGCUCUCACAACAAACCCGACUGUGUCAAACUGCUGCUGAAGGCCAAAGCUAACAUCGCCAUCACCAACAAAGUGGGAGAGACAGCCCUGGAUGUUGCCAGGAGGAUGAGACAUUCCCUGUGUGAAGAGCUGCUGCUGCAGGCCCAGACCAACCAGUUCAGCCCCCAUGUCCAUGUGGAGUAUGAGUGGCGGCUGUGCCAGGAUGACAUGUAUGAGAGUGAUGAAGACCUGGAUGCGAAGCUGGGUCCUGCGAGGAGCGUGUCUGUCUGUCCCCAGACCUGCUACCAUCCCCCUGCUGCUGCCCCCAGGCCAGAGGCAGAAGGGACAAUGCCCUGGGGGGGGCGGCUGGACACCUGCCCUCCCCCAGCCACCCACCUCUGCAGCCUGGACGUGCCACCAGCCCCCUCCUACGCCCCUCCGGUCCCGCCCCAGCGGGCAAAGCCAGCUCCCCAGAGGGCAUAUUCACCCUUCCUCACCAGCUCGUCUGUCUUUGCUGAGGACACAAGAAGCAGGAGGAGCCCACCCCUACCUCUGAGCAUCAAGCACAAGCACACAUCUUCAGAGCCAGCACCGUGGGUCCCGCUCAGCCCUGAGCAGCCCAGCCCGACCAACCUGGCUCCAGGUGCCCUGAAAGCCACGGACUCCAUCUGCACGCCUGACUCCAGCAAAGUGGGACAGCUCAGCCCACACCAAUCCCUCCAGGAGCCAGAUCCAUGUCCUGGCCAUGCCUGGGAUGGUCCACCUCUUCUUCCUCGGAGGAGCAGUUUGAACAAGCUGCUGCUCCGCAGGGUCCGUGCUCUCUACGACUGUGAUGCUGACUGGGAAGACGAGCUGACGUUCCGCACAGGCGAGGUCAUUGUGGUGUCUGACAAGGAGGACAGCAACUGGUGGAAAGGGUGGAUUGAAGGACAGCCUCACAGGCAAGGUGUUUUCCCUGCUUCAUUUGUUCACGUGCUCAGUGAGUAGGACCUCUUCAAUUCAAGAAGAUCUGAUCAGCUGCUUAAACUGCAAUUCCCCAAACUCCCGACUGCACCGAGGGCUCCAGUGAUGAGUGAUGAGCGAUGAGCAGGCUGUGAGCACCAUCUCACCCGCUGCUGCCUCCCUCAGCUCCACUGCCCCAGCAUCCCUGUCUGUCCAUGCUGGCUGUGCUGGGCUGUCCCAGGGAACACCUGGCCAAGCAAACAGAGAAAGCACAGCAACCAACGUGCUCCACAGCUGCGCUCCUGCCCCAUCAUCAUCCCCACACAGGAACCAGCCCUGCAGCACCGUGUGGUUCCAUUCCCAGCCCCUGCCUUUCCUUGGCCGUGCUGUCCAUGCCGUGGUGCUCCCUGCCUGGCUUGUGCUAACAGGAUGGCAGAGCAGGGCAGUGCUGCGCCAUGCGGGGCUCUGGAGCUGUAGGUGAUGCUGGCAUGUACGGCCCUGGGAAAUGGGCUCUGCUGAGGACCAAGCAUACCAGGAGCUUGGAAACAUGGAGCCAGCACCAACCCGAGCCUGCACUGUCCUUAAUUCACUGUGUGUGCCCUGGGGCAGCAUAGGGCAUUGCUCCUUCGGUGCCUGCAUCCCCAGCAACGGUGGAGAGCCCCUUGGAGCCCAGUGCCAAUAAAUAUCAGCUCUUCAGUGCUCUCUAUUUCACAGGGCUGUUCUAGUUUGAGUUUCUAGAUCCUUCCUCUUUGCCACUCUCUCUCAGUCACCAAAGCCCUCUCAGGCCUCAGAACAAAGGAGGCUGACCUCCCCUCAGGUAAAAUUACUCAGACUUCAGCUGGCAUGGCUUUUCUCCACUGACUGUGUUUUUUUCCAGCUGUGGAGGCACAUUCCACAUCCUUCUCCUGCCCUCGCUUGGCCCAGAUCCCAUCCUGGAGGGCAACAGAAACCAGCCAGCGUUGUGCUGGAUGCAUGAGGCUGUUGACACCUGUUUUGCUGGUGGCAAUGGUGGCAGAAGUUGAGCUGCCCCAGCAGGACCUGUAGGGGCAGGAGGGUGUUUCCACUCCAGGCAGCUCCUCCCACCCUCAGAGGAACAUUUAGGUGAUGACUCUCCCGAUUGAGCCCUGGGAACACGGCCAGGGCACCUGGCUCCAGCAGGACCAGUAGCCACUGUGGCACUGGGCUGUGUGGGAUGGACGUGCCAGGGUGGUGGGCACUGCUGGAGGAGGGGGCAGUCCUGCCCUCACUGCUGCUUGCUAUGAGGCUCUGUUCUCCCCACGUCAUGGUGCAACACUUCCUCUUCCCGUGGUGGUUGUUGCAACUUGCAGCCAGUGCUGGCGAAGCCACCGAGCCCGGGAGCGUCAGCUUCGCCCGGCCCUGCUCAGCGGCACGUCCUCCGAGGAGUCCCCGGGAGCAGCAGCUUUGCUGUGAGAUGCUGUCCUACGGGUCAGAGUGAGUGCAGCCGGGUGGAUCCCACAGCCAGCAGGU